CCACGGUGUUGUUGAGACCACUUUGACGUGGCCUCAAAAGUGCCCCCGGCAUGGCACAAGCGCCUUAGUGACGUCACCGCCACUUAACGGCGGUUGUCGUCGUCGUCGGCGAGACGUCGGACUCUGAUUGUGAAUGUUGUGGCUUGGCUCUCCAACACACCGGUUAGUGCUGUACGAGUGACGAAUUGACGCAUUUGUAUUUACGCGUUCUAACCCAAAAAGCCUCUUGUGGAUGAUAUUGGUCGCGAAAGCGUCCCGCCGCCGCCACUUCUGCGUGUUAAACUCUUGUCGUGUGCGCGUGCGUCAGACCUGCUGACGGUGAGCGAGACGGCGAACGAGCCCCCGCAGGAGGAGGGGAACGCCAUCAACUCCCCCCGGAACCUCGCACUCGAGGCCACCUUCAUCAACCACAACUUCUCCCAGCAGUGCCUCAAGAUGGGUGCAGAGAAGUACAAGUUCCCCAAGCCCAACCCCUUCACGGAGGAUGACCUCCAGGGAGCGGAAGUUGCGUCUGUGGGCUACAGGUACCGCAAGUGGAAGCUGGGAGAGGACAUCGAACUGAUCGUUCGCUGCGAGCACGACGCCGUGCUGACCGGGGCCAACGGAGAGGUCUCCUUCAUCAACAUCAAGACCCUCAACGAGUGGGACUCGCGGGUGAGACACGUGGCAGAGGUCGCAAACGGGUUUUGAUUCUUUACCCGUACC